AAGAAAAAAAAUGAUGUCAGAGAACUGAAACUGUUUCUUAACAGAGCAACCAUGAAAGAUGUAUGCGUGGGGUUUCUUUCUAUUUCCGAUCAUUCUCUCUCUCCUCACACCUGUUCUUCUCUGUCUUCAGGUUUCCAAUUUUGGUAAUGAAAAAGAUUACUUACGAUAACAUAGCCAUCACCGAAUCCAAACAUCACAUGCCUCCCUCUCUUAUAUAGUACCCUUUUGGUCUCAAGUUCAGAGGUACAUUUAAUGGGUUUGGAGAAAACAAUGCAGUGUCUGAAUCCGUGGUAGAAGAGUUGUGCAAUAAAGGAAGGAUGCAGAAGAAGAGUGAUGAUGAUUUGAAGAAGAAGAAGAAGAAACAGAGCGGUUCUAGGGUUUGUAGUAGAGGGCAUUGGAGGAUCUCUGAGGAUACUCAGCUUAUGGAGCUUGUUGCAGUUAACGGUCCUCAAAACUGGAACCACAUUGCAGAGAAUAUGCAAGGAAGAACAGGCAAGAGUUGCAGAUUGAGGUGGUUCAACCAGUUAGAUCCGAGGAUUAACAAGAGAGCUUUCAGUGUUGAGGAAGAAGAGAGACUACUUGCAGCUCACAGAGCAUUUGGUAACAAAUGGGCAAUGAUUGCAAAGCUUUUUACUGGAAGAACAGACAAUGCCUUAAAGAAUCACUGGCAUGUACUUAUGGCAAGAAAGAUGAGGCAGCAAUCAAGUUCUUACGUCCAAAGAUUCAAUGGGUCUACUCAUAAACCAAACACAGAUCACAAAAUCUUCAAUCUUUCUCCUGGUAAUGUCGAUGAUGAAGAUAUAAAUCUGAAAAAGUACAGCUGGGAAAUGCUAAAAGAGGGAACUACUAACCUGAAAGCUCAGUAUCUCCAAGAAGAAUAUUGUUCUUCACGCAUGCCGAUGCAGGGUCCACAUCAUCACUACUCAACCUUCCCUGCAGAUUCCUUGGCACUGACACUGCAUGUUUCCAUCCAGGAACCAUCAUCAUCAUCAUCAUCAUCUUCGUCAUUAUCACUGCCAUCAUCAUCAACUGCAGAACAUACAAUGGUGACCAGAUAUAUUGAGACCACUAAACCUCCAGCAUUUAUAGAUUUCCUAGGAGUAGGCCACUAAAGCUCCAACAUGUAGAGUGGGAACUAAUCAAGAACUUGAUUACUCCUGUCAUUAUUAUCAAUGUCACUGUCUUUUGUUAGCC